AUGAGCAGGUAUCACAGUGAGCUGUCUAAAAGGGAGCAGGAGCUGCUGAAAGUCCGCAGGGACAGCGACACAAAGGCUGCAGAACUUGCCAAGAUGGAAAAGAUGCUGCAGCAGACACAGGGCCUGGUGGAAAAGAAAACAGAACCUGGAUCAGAGAGCAUGGACUACCAGGAAAACAUGGGUCAGUAUCAUGAAAAACCCACCUGUGCAGUAUUUCAAAUUCACCCACUGUGCUUUCUCUCACUGUGUUUUUUGCUUCUGUGAUACAGUGGAGGACCUGGAGGAGAAAGUGCGCUCUAGCAGACGGUACAGGAGAAACUCUCUCCACCACACACAGAUGCUGGAGAGUCAGAUGAAAACAGUGAAAGGUGAGCUGGUGGGCACUCUAGACCAUCUUCAGGAGCUGAGGAAUGUCCUGCGCCGCUCACAGCAGAAAGCAGAGGAGCGUAAAGCCGCAAUGGAGAAGCUGGCAGCAGGAUUGCGGUGA